AUGGUGAAAAUCCUCCUCGAGGGUGGUGCGAACCCUAAUAAGUUCGAUAUUUUCGGGCAAACUCCGCUCUCAUAUGCUGUCAAGGCUGGACAUGAGACCGUUAUGAAGUUUCUGUUGAAUCAUGGCGCAAAUCCUUACUGGGCAGUCAAUGCGACUGGCCAGAAGCCGAUAUUCGAUCGUGGGACGAAAGAGUCUAUUCGAGCCACAUUAGAAGAAGCCGAAGCAAGACAGUAG